CUUUUAUUUGUUGCACAGCCUGAAGGUCAAGAUGAUCUGAAUUAUGCAACAUUACAUUAUUCUGGAGGGAAUGUUACAAGAGGAGGAAGGAAGAAAGAGUCUCCUCUGCUUCCUCAGAAAGGAGAGGCAUUAGUAUGGAUCUAUUAAGUCGUAUGUCGAUCUGUUUGCUUGGUAGGUAAGCUGAUGCUGGUCCAACAUGGAAGGGAUGGUGUGUUUGAUGUGAUCUAGAGUCAGCAUCUCAAAGCAUUUGGCUUUUACUUGGGUGACUUCGAUUGGGUGAUAGUCAUUCGGGCAACUUAGAUUGUUUUGCUCAGGGACAGGCAGGAUGGUUGUUGAUUUGAGGUACAUCAGGACAACAGUGUAAGUUAGGGAGAGGUUGAAAAUCUUGGUAAAGACUUUUGCUAAGUGGACAUCACAUGCCCUAAACACAUGCCCUGGGAUGCCAUUGGGACCAGCUGCUUUCUUUGCAUCGAUGCUGACCUUCUGACCUUAGUGUCCACUGUCAGUCCAUUGUGAUCUUGUAGCAGUCUAUCCAUUUCCCUAAUAAGUUGAUGUAGGCAAAGAACAUGUAAAGGUCCUCUGCCAGUGAGCGGUUGCUGCUCACAGUCAGACUAUUCAUCAUUUUAUAAUCUGUGAUGGCCUGAAUGCUUUGUUACAUGUCUGGGAUCAUUAUUGUCUUUGAUCCAGAGUUUGUAGUUGUUUUUGCUACUUUAAUCCCUCGUGAUCCAGCCUGUGAAUCUUUCCUCUGAGAUACAGGAUGUGAUGCAUUUCAGACAUAUAAUGCAAAACAUAUCACUAUGGCAGUUGCUGCUUAAAGUUCAAGAACAAAGAAAAACAGUGUCUCUGAGAAAGGUAAAUGUGGUCAAAAGAGUCAAAGUCAAGACAGAAACAAUUUAGACAUUUUCUACCAAAGAUGAAAGAGAGGUAAUAUGCUUCACAAAGACCAAGAUGAGACCAGUGUGACAGGAAGUGCUGUUUUGAAUCUAUUCUGUGAUAACCAAUCAGAUGCAUUUGAUGGUCUGACCUCACGAUCAUCAGACCUCCUUCACUCAUUGAAAUACCAACAAGUCUCCAAACAAGAGACAUUGUCAGGAUGAUCGUGUUGUGGGUUACACUGCUUGUUCUACAUCAUGGAUAUUCGCUGGUUCCAGUGAUCACAGUUCAUCUUGGUGAACCUGUGACCUUCACAUGUGUCUUACCUGGUACAGAGUUAAGCAAUAGACAAUUCUACUGGUUCAAGCAAAAUACUGGAGAUAAUCUGAAAUUAAUUGUGACACUAUGGAAAUCUACAAAACCUGAGUUUACACCAGAGUUUUCUGAAUCAAGACUACAGGUAAACGAUCAUAAGAGUUUUAUCAACCUGACCAUAGUGAAGACGAUUCAAGAAGAUGAAGGAAUGUAUCACUGUGCAAUCAUGGAGUGGAUUAAAACUAAAUGGAGUGGGACAUAUCUGUCAGUAAAAGGAAACGCUCAGAGGACAUCAAACUAUACUGUUGUUCAGAGUCCAACAGUAUCUGAUCCAGUUCGUCCAGGAGAAUCAGUGACUCUCCAGUGUUCAGUCCUCUCUGACUCUCAGAACAAGACAUGUUCAGGAGAUCACAGUGUGUACUGGUUCAGAGCUGGAUCAGAUAAAUCUCAUCCCAACAUCAUCUACACUGAUGGAAAUAAAUCUAAUGAAUGUGAGAAGAAACCUGAUGCACGCUCUCCUCCAAAGAGCUGUGUUUAUCACUUCUCUAAGAACAUCAGCUCCUCUGAUUCUGGGACUUAUUACUGUGCUGUGGCCACAUGUGGAGAGAUCAUUUUUGGAGAUGGAACAAAGCUGGAGAUUGAAGGAGCGCUGAUAAGUUCGCAUACAACACACACAGCAUUCAUCAUAAUGGGGAUAUUAAUAAUCUGCUUGGCCAUUUCUGUCAUUGGAAAUGUCGUCCUCAUCUGCAACCAAAGAGUGCAUAAACAAUCUAAAGAAAUGGAAAGUGCUAUUUCAAAAGUAAGAAGUGACAACUGGCGCCAACAAGUACAUGAUGUUACUGAAGCUGAGGACAAAUUGAACUACGUGGCUUUGAAUUUCUCUGAAAGAAAAGCAACAAGUGGAAGACAGAGGAGAGAGUUUGCUGAGGACAGCGUGUACUCUCAAGUUAGAUGUUGAUACUCUUUUGCAUUUUAAUCUGAAACUUAAAUCAUGUUACACAGUAUGUUUGCAUUUGUUUGUAAUUGUUUUGUUGUUUCUUUUUAUCUUAGCUAAAAACAAAAUUUGUUGUUGCUCUGAAAUGCUACAAUAAAAAGUUAUUAA